UAAUUUUGUCUAUUUUCAAUUCUCUUUUCAUUGUAAUUCGAAAAAAAAAAUUAAAAUCAAAUUUUCUAUUAAAAACCAACAUUCUUAACCAUGGGUGUUCCAACGGGAAAUGCGGAAAAUGGAAAGAAAAUUUUCAUACAAAAAUGUGCCCAAUGUCAUCCCAUUGAGAAGGGAGCACGACACAAAGUCGGACCCAAUCUUUUCGGUGUGGUUGGACGGAAGAGUGGUUCCUUUGCUGACUACAAAUACACCGAUGCUAAUAAAAAUAAGGGUGUUACUUGGACGGACGAUGCGCUAUUUGAGUAUCUGGAGAACCCCAAGAAAUUCAUACCAGGUACGAAAAUGGUUUUCGCAGGGCUGAAGAAAGCUGCAGAGCGGGCCGAUAUUAUUGCGUAUUUAAAAACCGCUAAGUAAAAUUACAUAUGUACAUACAUACAUAUUUCUAUUAAUGAUGUCAUGGCGUUUAAACAAAUUUAUCUAUGGAUAUUGAAUGCUUAAUAAAUUAUAUAAAUUAUAAAUAAUAGAUAA